UAGCAUGCACUACCUGGGAACUUCCAGUGGAAGCACCACUAUCUGGUUGUUGGCGUUGCCAGAAGCAUCAGUGCCAGCCGUAGGGCAUUAAAUCAUGCUCAGGGGCCUUGAUGAGAAAGGUGGGCUUAGCCCACAGGAUGGCCAGAGAGUCAGAAGGCAAAAACCGUUUGGGAAGUCUACCAUCAUUCCGCUUUACUGAAGUAUAUGAAGAAUGAACUUCCUACCUGAAAAUUAGCUUAGGACCAGAUUAAAAAUGGAACACACAUGCAAAUGAAACCAGUUUCUUAAAAGGUUCUGAGCCAAAAUAGGUUUUCGGAGUCUAAAAUAGGUUUUGUUAAACAGUGGGCGGGGGACUCUAUCAUCAGAUAAGUUUGGAAAGUACUGUAUGUUACAGAGCUCACUAGGAGAUUCUGAAAUAUCCCUCAGUUAAGAAACCUUUUUAACUUUCUGUAACUCUGUGUGUCUGAAAUCAUGGGCUACUUAUUUCAUGUAAGACCUAUGAAUAGCUCCUGAGAAUUCUGUUGAACAUCCUUGGAAACCUUGACGUGGCAACUAUAGUUGACCUAACAAUGGACAUCUUCUCUGUAGGAAAUCCUAGGGGCAGGCCAGCCCUAGGCAAAUGUGUCAUUCACAAAAGUAUUUUCUCAGUCCACAGCCCUUUUUUUACGAACACCUUUGGCUGAUUUGCUUCAGAAAGCCUCUCCUAUGUCUUUUGUCUUCCGACUCUAGAGUUAAAGGCUUUAUACUUGGCUAAAAGAAUUUGAGACACUGGAGAGAUUGCUAAAGUUUAUUCAUAGCAUAGUUAAAUAGAUGCUUACUUGCUAUGUUAUCGGAGUGCUGGCUUUGGGCAGGUGGGUGGAGUGGGGGUGUCAAAGUCCCUGAACAUCAAUGAAAGCACAAGCUCGGUGUCAAGGGGAUAAGAUAACCUUUGUUGCAUGUUUCCAUACUAGAGAUACCUGGCUACAGGGAAUCGGAGGCAAGCUGGGACCCUGCCUGUCUUCCUCUCAUUUCCACAGAUUUCUCAGGAGAGAAUGGGCACAAGAAAUCAUUCCACAGUGACUGAGUUUCUUCUUUGGGGACUAACUGACCAACCAGAGCUUCAGCUGCCUCUUUUCUGCCUCUUCUUAGGGAUUUAUACAGUCACAGUGGUAGGAAAUCUCGGCAUGAUCUCAAUAAUUAGGUUCAGUUCCCAACUUCACACCCCUAUGUACCAUUUCCUCAGUAGUCUGUCUUUGGUAGAUUUGUGCUAUUCUUCUGUUAUUACUCCCAAGUUGCUGGCAGAGCUUUUAUGCAGGGAUACAGCUAUCUCCUAUUCUGGAUGCAUGACUCAGCUAUUUUUUUUCUGUAUGUUUGUCAUUUCUGAGUGCUACAUGUUAGCUGUAAUGGCCUAUGAUCGCUAUGUCGCCAUCUGCAGCCCCCUGCUCUACAAUGUCAUCAUGUCCCCUCGAGUCUGUUCUCUGCUGGUGGCUUCUGGCUUCUCAAUUGGAUUUACCGAUGCUAUGAUUCAUGGAGGUUGUAUAUUAAGGCUGAAUUUCUGUGGCUCGAACAUCAUUAAACAUUAUUUCUGUGACAUCAUCCCACUUAUUAAACUCUCUUGUUCAAGCACUUAUAUUGAUGAACUUUUGAUUUUUGUCAUUGGUGGAUUUAACAUGAUAGUCACCAGCCUGACAAUCAUCAUUUCUUAUGUCUUUAUUCUCUCCAGCAUCCUCCGCAUGCACUCGACAGAGGGCAGGUCCAAAGCCUUCAGCACCUGCAGUUCCCACUUGACAGCUGUUCUUACAUUUUAUGGGACUCUCAUGUCCAUGUAUCUCAAACCUGCUUCCCGCAGCUCACGCAUCCAGGAGAAAGUAUCCUCAGUAUUUUACACCACCGUGAUUCCCAUGUUGAAUCCCCUGAUAUAUAGUCUGAGGAACAAGGAAGUGAAAGAUGCACUGAUAAAACGCUUAAAAAGAAAAAUGCCUUUAUAA